CCAAGUUGGUGCCCCUUUAUUCUGAGUUCUGUAGCUGGGUGCGUGUUGUUUCAGGGUAACAUUAAUGCUGGGCAGUAUCUCCCUUUGCUGCGACGCAGGCUACCAGUCUGGCAUUUUAUCUUCCUGUGGUAUGUCAUUCCAAGCUCUUUCAACCAGUUCAGCCAAGAUGGUUGUUGGCUGCAGUGCAUCGGAGAUCCUUUGCUCUAGACGUUCUCAAUAGGGGAGAGAUGUGGCAAUUGAGCUGGCCAGGGGAACUGCUUGAUAUCCCGAAGAGUAUGUUGUAUAGUGCGGGCAGUGUGUAGACGAGCGUUAUCAUGUUGGAACUCCAUGUCACCUAACUAAGUCACAGAAGGCAGUACUGCUUCCAUGAUGUCUUGGAUCUACUGAAGGCUCGUCAAUGUUCCCUCCACAAAUACAGGAUCAGCCAUAGUAGCUAAUGGUGCUCAACACUUUGACACCUGAUGUUGGUCCUGUGUGUCUCAGCACUUCGCAUGAUGGUAAUUGCCGCUCCCCAGUCCGCCUCAAAACUCUGAUGCAGCCAUCAUUAGUACCAGAACCUUCUUUCAACACUGAACGCUAUUGUUUGCCAUUCAUGCCUCCAAUCGGCUUUCUCACUGCACCGGUGCAGGUGUUCUUGGAGAUGAGGUCAGUGGCAAAUAAGCUAGUGGAGUGCGUGAAUGCAGUCCUGCUUAAGUAGACUGUUUCUAAUGGUCCGGGUGUUCACUACAGGGGCUACUGCAGAACCAAUUUCUGAUGCCUUGACUGUUCUUUCACAUACAGCAGCUUUUCUAUGGUGAUCUUGGUGUGCCUCGGUCUGUCUAGACCAUCCAGAACCCACUACUUGUCUGAUUGCCCUCGUUUGACCACUGUUUGGCCCUUUUCAAAGUCCGUUAUUUGCACAAGUGGUGCUCGACUUGGUCUAACAGACACCCUGAACACUUCAACAAUACCCAAUCAACAGUCCUGUAAGAGAGAAGACGAAAGACAGAAUUGUGAUGCCAGACAAGUCUGUGAAGCAUCUUUAUGAAUGGGAGUAUUCAGAAGGACACAAGGAUCUAAAAAAGAACAUUAUGAUGGAGACUCGCAAACUUCUCACAUCACUAGACGGCUCCCCAGAGAGAUGUUCUAAUCUUCUUUCCUCCCAAGAUUUUCCAGACGAUGAGGAUGAUGGUCUUCAGAGUUUGCACAUCAUUAUUAAAGAAGAGAUUAAAAAUGAAGAAGAAGAGAUUCCUGUUUGCAUUGAACAGGAUGAAGCAACUAGAGAUAUGGAUAGAGAAGAACAUCUGGAGGACAGCAGGAGCUCCUCGGAUAGCCAACUUUCUUUCACGUUGAACUGUAAGAUAGAAGAUGAUGACUUCAUGCAGUAUUCCCAUUCAGUCCUUCAGGACACGGAUCUCUCUGAUCAGGAUGAAUGUGUUGACAGUAACGUGGAGACUAUACACUGUGGUAGCAAUGGUGGUAAAAUGUUUCCAUGCACUGAAUGUGAUAAAUGUUUUACCCAGCAUGCAGCACUUAUUAGGCACCAGAGAAGUCACACAGGGGAGAAACCCUUUCCAUGCUCUGAAUGUGGUAAAUCCUUUACACGCAAAUCAAUCCUUGUGGAGCAUAUGAGAAUUCAUACAGGGGAGAAGCCAUUUUUGUGUGGUGAAUGUGGUAGACGUUUUACGCAGAAGUCAAGUUUUGCUGUGCAUCAGCGCAUCCAUGCAAAAGAGGAAUCCUUUAUUUGUUCCUAUUGCGGGAAAGGUUUUACAGAGAGAUUGAAUAGUUACACAAAGGGGGAAGAGAUCUCCUGCUUUUACUGCAGGGAGAAGGCUACACAGAAGCCAGAAUCUGUAGAACAUGGCGUAAGCAAGAAGCCAUUCACGUGUUCUGAGUGUGGAAGGUGUUUUACUAACAAAUCUAAACUUAACACCCAUGAGAAAAUUCACAACGGUGAAAAGCCGUAUUCAUGUUCUGAGUGCAAAAAAUCUUUUUCGCGCAAGUCUAUUCUUGUGGAGCACCACAGGAUCCACACAGGAGAGAAGCCGUUUACAUGCUCUAAAUGUUGGAAGUCUUUUACCCAGAGGUCAGGACUUGUCAUGCAUCAAAAGGUACACACAUAUGAGAAGACCAUUUCUUGUUUAGAUUGUGGUAAACAAUUUAUGCAAGCAUCAAACUGUCAAGAGGAGGAGCCAAUGUCUUGUCCAGAGUGCCAAGAGUCUGGUAUUGAUGGGGAUUCUCUUGAUGAACCCCUAAAAUAUCACACAGGUUUGGAGGGCUUGAAUUGUGAGAAGUCAAACGGUUCUAUGAAUCACAAGGUCCCAGCCCGUGAGGAAUCCUUUCAUUGUUCUCAAUGUGAAAAGUCCUUUAUGUACAGAUCAGAGCUCAUGAAGCAUGAGAUUAUUCACACAGGUGAGAAGCCAUUUUCAUGUUUUGAUUGUGGCAAACGGUUUAACCAGAAAACCAACCUCCUUCAUCAUCUCACAAUACACACUGGUGAAAAGCCCUUUCAAUGUUCAGAUUGCAGCAAAAGUUUCCGACUGAAAGCAAGUUUCCUAGCACAUCAGAGAGUUCAUUCAGGUGAGAAGCCCUACUCUUGUCCUGAUUGUGGCAAGUGUUUUACACAGAAGUCAAAUCUGCUUAGACACAAAGUUCUCCACAAGUUAACAGCUGAUAAUGUAUAAUACCUCUGUAGUGGGAAGGCUAGAAGUGAUGUACAUCUUCUGGAUUUACUUUUUAAUGGGACAUUGUUGUCUUAAGUGUUUUUCUUUUUUUUUUUUAUAUAAGUUCUCAUAUUUGAUUUUUUAAAUGUGACUGUACUUAUAAAUGUCAAGUAACCUAGUCUGUUAAUCAGGCAACAAAUGCAACGUUUGUCUCAUUAUUUCUCCUAAAGCAUAAAGUGUUACUCUCAGUAAACAGA